GCUCAUUCAUUCAUUCUGUUGUCGCCGCACUCGACACACAGCACUGCCCAAGCAAGAGGGGGGUCGACAAGCCACCAAUCGACAGAGCGUCCUUCGACAGCACCCUCACCCCAUCGCCCAAGUUUCCGCCUCCUUCGACACACACCAAGUAACACGUGCACGCGCGCGUGUGUUGGGGGUUGGUUGAAGUACAUGGUGUGAUGCCAAGACGUGCCAGAAGCCGUCGCACCCAACCAGCAAGAGCAAGAGCAACGACAACGAGAGGCUCAUCGUCGCGGACAACGGCACGCCAGAAAAAGGGACGGUUGCAACACGAAAGCGCGGGCAGCACAAAGACACCGCCAACACCAAGCCCGGCAGCGCACGAAGCAGAGAAGGACCCGCAGACCAUCGCCGCCGAACUCGAGGCAGAGCUCGGCUUUGCGGUUGAUAUCGAAGAGCAGCGCAAGCUACUCGCUGGUGAGCUUAGCCGUCGCACAUCGGGCCGCUCCCGUCGACAACGCCCAUCCAGCCUUGACGACACCCUCUUUGCAAGCCAUCGGGAACAAGCCCUCCUUGAGCGUGCACUACGGGCGUCGCUGUGUGAAGCCAAAGAGCACGUGCAGGUCAACGACGACGACGAGGAGGAGGAGGAAGCAAAUCAGGGAGAGGACGAGCAAGGAAGCCGUUCUGGCCCGGGACUGAACGUAUCGGAGGUCCUUGACACACCCGCAUUCGCCGUCAAGCAGCCCUCACACCGGUGGACAUCUGACGAGGAGGAAGAGCAGGAGGAAGUGGAAGAGGAAGAAGGAGAAGAAAGCGAAGACGCAAAGGGGCAAGCCGACAACGAGGAGAAAGGCAAAGGAGAGUUUGGUGUUGCUGCAUUUGCUGUCAAGCAAGCCUCAAACGGGUGGUCAUCUGACGACGACGAGGACGAGGAGGAAGAAGAAGAAGGCGCGGAAGAAGUAGAGCAGCAAGAGGAAGAGGAAGAGGAAGAGGAGGAGGAGGAGGAGGAAGAGGAAAGUCAAGAAGAAGAAGACAACGACGAAGAGGAAGAGGAAGUUCAAGAAGUGGGAGAGUUUGGUGUUGCUGCAUUUGCUGUGAAGCGAGCCUCGCACGGGUGGUCAUCUGACGACGACGACGACGAAGCAGAGGAAGAAAGGGAACAAGCGGAAGCAGAGGCGCCGCGUGAGGUUGGUGUUGCCGCGUUUGCCACAAAGCAAGCGUCCUACGGCUUGUCAUCCUCAUCAUCAUCGUCAUCGUCAACCUCGCCAUCAGCACCGCCAGGUGACGACAACAGCGGGGACGAGGAAGAAGAGGAGGGGUCUGUGUACGUUGUCAGCAGCGGCAGCAGCGCGCUCGGCGACGAGGAAGUGAUUGUCAUUGACGACGACGACGACGAACAGGAGGACGAGGACGAGGAAGAAGAGGACAAACAAGCAGUUGAAGAAGGAGUUGAAGGGGAGGAAGAAGCAGCAGCAGCUGAAGAGGAGGAGGCCGUCGAAGAAGGAGCAUCUUCUCGUGUAACCGGCAGCCCGAAGAAAGAACAAGUCCAACAACACCCAUCCCCAAAGCAGGCCCCGGUACAGCUGGAACAGCGGCAGCAACAGAAGAAGCGGGCGGCAGGGAAGCAAACGAGCGAAACCCGCAGCAAGCGCGCAAAGACAGCCCGCCAUCAGUCACGGAACAAGCAGAAAAAGCAGAAGAAGGAAGAAGAGCAACAACAACAACAACAACAACAGCAGCACACUUUCACCCAAGCAGGAGGCAGUGGUACCAACACAGCCACCAACAGCGGCACCACCAGCGGCACCAACAGCCCGCAGAGCGGUGAGGAAGACAGGAGCACCGGCGCGAGCAACGCGAUUGCAGCGGACGCCGCCAGCACCAGCGACCACAGCGCAAGCACCAGCACAGCGAACCAAGACGCGCAAGCGUACUAA